GCUUACUGCUGUCAAAAUCAGUCAAAAUGGCGAACCGCACGGUAAAAGACGCGAAAUCUAUUCGCGGUACAAAUCCUCAAUAUUUGAUAGAAAAGAUCAUAAGAUCGCGUAUUUAUGACUGCAAAUACUGGAAGGAAGAAUGUUUCGCUUUAACCGCCGAGUUAUUGGUCGACAAAGCCAUGGAAUUGCGGUAUAUCGGAGGUGUCCACGGAGGGUUUAUUUACCCCACACCGUUUCUGUGUUUAGUGUUAAAAAUGCUACAAAUACAACCUGAAAAGGACAUCGUCGUUGAAUUUAUAAAGAAUGAAGAGUUCAAGUAUGUGCGAGCGCUUGGCGCUUACUAUAUGAGACUCACGGGAACCUCUGUUGAUUGCUACAAAUACUUGGAACCUCUUUUCAAUGAUAACCGAAAACUGCGCAGGCAAAAUCGACAGGGCCAGUUUGAAAUAGUGCACAUGGACGAGUUUAUUGAUGAAUUACUGAGAGAGGAACGUCUGUGCGAUAUUAUUUUGCCAAGAAUACAGAAGCGACAUGUGUUGGAAGAGAACAAUGAACUUGAACCAAAGGUUUCAGCUUUAGAUGACGAUUUGGACGAGGAUAUGCCCUCUGAUGAAGAAAACCCUGAGCCCGAAUCCAAAGAAAACAGACGCGAUAAAGACAGGAAGGAUAAGGACAGAAAGAGGGAGAGAUCAAGAGAAAAGGAAGUAAGGAGAGACAAACCUCGGAAAAGAGAGCGCUCAAGAAGCAAAGAGAGAAGGAGAGAUGACCGGCGUGAAAGAGACAGGGAACGGGAGAAGGAAAGGGAUAGGGAUCGUGAACGAGUCCGUGAGAGAGAACCAUACAAAGAUAGAAGGGACAGGGGAGGCAGAGAAGUCAGAGAAAGAGAAAGAAAUAGGGAGGAAAGAAGCGGUAGAUACUAGUGGGUACUUUAUUAGUAAGGUUUAAUAAAUAAGUUUAAUUUGA